AUGGGCCGCGAUCCUAGCUUCAAUCGCCCAACGACUGCGGUCGCCGGAGGCAGCAGUGCCCAACCCACCCCCGCCAACAACGUGGGCGGUGGAGAAGGAUGGGGCGACAGGCUCUGGUUAGGUGGCAAAGAAGAAGGUGUGGGUCACGCAGUGGCUACCAAUCCCAAAUCAACAAUGGGUGACUUCCUUUCUUUGCAAGAGCAAAAGACAAGCGGGCAAAAUAAGUUCAUUCAGCGUGAGAACUUGGUUGAUACCAAUGUUAAACCUAUGAACGCCACAGGAGAGCCAACCUGUGCCACUGAAGAUCAUAGUUUUAUGACCCGUAAGGCUGGUGACCCGGAUACCUAUCCUGGAUGGAGUACAUUUAAGAACAUUUUCGGCUUGUGA